AUGUUAAGUUCUCAGAGAUGGCAAGCAUUAUUUGAUCCAACAAAUACUGGUAUUAUAACAUUUCAAAAAUUUUGUGAUGUCCUCGGUGUAAAACCGGAACAAGCACGUACUCUUCGGAAGAGUGUUGUCAAUAACCGACCACUGCCGAAAGAUUUGCAAAUAAUCUCCCAAAAUAUGUCACCAGAAGAUCAAUUCCAAAUAUUUGAAUUUGUUCGGUCACAGUUAGAUAAGAAUUUAUCAGGUCAAGAUAUGACACAAAUGAUAAAACAAUGGCUUGAUAAGACAUUCGACCCUUCAUGGCAUGUUGUUAUAGUCGAUGGUUCAUAUUGGAUAUCGUAUUCACAUUUACCUGAACAAUCUCUACAAUUUCGAUUGAAAGAAAAGUGUUAUUUAGUUUGGCGCACACCUAAAUAUUGACAUUGAAUCAACAAAAUUAUGAUAAUUGCAGUUACGUAACGAGUGUUUAUUCAUUAUUGAAUUUUGUUUACCCAUAUUGUUGUUUCACCAACUGCAUAUAUACACAUCUAUAUAUCGACCCAAAUGUCAAACUAUCGUUUACUUUAUUUAGUGUUCACCAAACUAUUUUAUUUUAAA